AUGUGUUUUGACAUUUUUGUUCAUGAUUCUGGAUUGUCGCUGGUAACAAGCGCUGCAAAGGCGAGAACACACUCUUUGACUGAAUGCCGAAGCUAUGUGUCGAAGAUGAUGAUGAUUGGAAAGGUACCCGCCACAUCCCGAUCGAUACCCCCUCCCACCAAUCCAAUCCCCUCCAUCCCACGACCCACGAACCGACGGUCCAAGCACCCUUCACUUCAUCCAAUCCCUCCCAAUAAUCUUCCUUCUCCAACACCGCAAGCAGGAACGGCCCGAGCACUCUAUUUCUCCUCCCCUCCCCUCGCCGCAGAUGAAAACGUGAAACAAACGUGCGGCCGCCCCCUCAUUGGCCAUCCCAGACCAUCAAUCCUCCCCGAACUCGCUAAAACAAAUUUCCCCGCCUUUUCCCCCUGUCCAUCAGCAACCUCACAGCCGAGCUUGCUCCAGGGACACGACUCUCGGGCCCCGAAGUUCUCUUUUGCAACUUUGGACGAAUUGGAGAGGCGAGAAGAGGGAAGGGGGGAUACGCACUGUCUGUCGGGUGCUCAGAUCCGAAGCUGGACAGCUUGGCAGGCAGGAGCCGAACUCCCCUGCAUUGCCCUGCUUUGCCCUGCCUUGCCUUGCCUCCGCUCCCUCCGCUCCCUGCUCAACCACCAAUCGCGAAGGCCCAAUCCAGGGGAGGAGAACGUCAGAGCACCAUCGCGCCCCUCCGCUACGAGCCAGGUACCGCUGCUCAAGCCGACUCGCGGUGCAAGGAGGAAGCGAGGAGAGCCUCCCACUCAUCGGGGUUGUGCGGCCGCUGAACAGGGUCUCCCCGCACACCGCGCGCUUGGUCCCCAAGUUCGGUGGAUCGCAAAAGCAAAAAUAUUGUCUGUGAGAGAGGGGGAUCAACGAGACGGGGUCAUUGCUCAGACAGUUGCGAGCGAGCUGUUAUCUUAUCCCUUUCACUCGGAUACUGCGUUGAGGUGAGGUGAGGGGAAGAAGGAGGAGAUAUAGCACGCUUCAUCCCACCAUCUAUCGCCGCAGGUCAAGCCUCACGCCACCAAACGCAAGCUCUCGAGAAGCCUUCUUUCAGCCUCUGUCCAUUGAUCCUAAGCUAUAUUGAAUCGACAUCUGAGAAACACACUGCAGUAUCGGAUGCUGGUCAUUCAUUGCAAUCUAUCCCAUAUCAUCCCUCAGAUCAACAGACACCAAAGCCAUCACUAAAGCCCAGUCGGGAGAAACGAAACCGAGCCUCCAGA